AUGGAGAAGUCGCAGGGUGCAUGUCCACUCCCCCCAAAGGAGUCCUCCCUGUUUAAGAGGAUAGUUAAAUAUUAUGAUCAAAAGCAAUACAAGACUGGACUCAAAUUUGCCAAUCAAAUCCUUUCGAACCCCAAGUUUGCCGAGCAUGGAGGUAGCGUGCCCGGCUGGCACAUCUAUGGUCUAAUUAUGAAGUCGGACCGGAAAUACGAAGAAGCUAUCAGAUGUUAUAUUCAAGCUUUAAAGUUGGAUCCAACCAAUUUGCAAGUUCUUCGAGAUCUUUCGGUGUUACAGAUGCACACACGUGACCUCGAGGGUUGCAAGGAAACUAGAACUAAACUGCUUACUCAAAGACCGAGUCAAAGGGCUUCGUGGGUCGGCUAUGCUGUGAUACAACACUUUCUCGGGAACCUGGAUGCCGCUGCGAACGUUGUCAAUGAGUUCCUUAAGGUGCAGACGGGCAUUGAACCCUACAAUUACGAGCAUAGCGAAUUGCUCCUGUAUUACGUAACCAUCUUGGUCGAAAGCGAGCGUUUUGAAGAGGCCCUUUCGUUUAUGGAGUCAUGUACGAAGGAUAUAGUGGACCAUGUCACUUACUUGGAAACUCAUGCUGAUUUGUUGUUUAAGCUAGGUAGAGCCAAAGAUGCUGAAAAGGACGUUUGGGAUUUGUUAGAUAGAAAUCCGGAAAAUAAAUUAUACUAUGAACUCCUCUACCGCAUCGAGUCUCCUGAACCUGGCGAUCAGCAAAUAGACGUCUCAAUUAAAUAUAAGAUGCUUCAAAAAUGUUUGGACAAAUAUCCUUCUGCAAGGCUCCCAAAGCUCCUCUUUCUUGAUUUGUUAGAAGGCGACGAGUUUUUAUCAAAGGCCCAUGAAUUCCUUCAACAUAAUUUGCGGAGGGGUGUUCCGACGCUUUUUGUUCAACUCAAACGCUUUUACAGUUCACCGGAAAAAGUUGCAUCACUAGAAAACUUGUAUCUUACUUACCGGAAAAAUCUUGAUUUGCAUGAAACUCUUGGACCAAUAUCUGGUGUUGGGCCGAAGUCAAAGUCAGAGGAGUCUCUGGAUAUCGUUUCUGCUGAACUAGAGAUAAACCCCACCAUUGUGGACUUGUAUGUUCUGAAAGCUGAAAUCUAUCGUGACGCUGGUGAUGUUGUCACGGCUAGUCGUUGGAUGGAAGAGGCGCAAUCUCUUGAUACUGCAGAUCGCUUCAUUAACGCUCUCUGUACGAAGUACAUGGUACAGGCUCAACGCUUAGAGGACGCAGAGGCAAUGGCAUCAAAGUUUACAAGGGGAAGCUCCACAGCUGCCGCCUACCUUUCCGAGAUGCAGUGCAUGUGGUUCCUAAUAGAAAAUGCGCGUGCCCUAUGGACAAUGAAAAGAUUCGGUGAGGCCUUGAAACUAUGCCAUGAAAUUGACAGAGUAAGUCACCUCAACUAG